AUGCACCUACAUCAUGCGCCACAGCCGGAGUCGACUCUCCAUCCUCGCGGCGCGUCCCGGUCAAGAUUUGGUUCAGAGGACUCCUUGAUAUUCUCCGUGAUAAUUACUGCUCUAGCGGCGCUGCUUUCGAUCGCAUUUGAACCUCAAGUGUUCACGCCGACUUAG